AUGCAUGAGAACGGGUUAUUCGGGCUAUAUCGGGUUAUAUCUGGUUAUAUCGGGUUAUUAUCAGAAGCAAACACAGUUAUAUUAGGGUUAUAUAAGGACUGGACUAAAUUUAGUAUGAAAUUAGACAGGAUCAUAUACAGGAAUACUGUUAAAGCAGUUAAGCACAAGGCUAAAAUGGAUAAAAUGAUGGUAAAAUCCGUUAAUUCCUGGAGAAAACAGUUAUUUAGACUAUUUAUGACUAAAAUAGGCGUAAAUUAUAUAGGAGUAGAAUAA